UCUGCCUUUCUGUCUAAAUGAUUUCAUGACUGCUUCUUCAUGUGCAAGGGAAGCAGAGAAUGAGAGACAGUGUGAGGGGGGGGGACCAAUAGGAGUCGUAGGCAGCUGGUAACCCCCCCCCCCCUUACUUCCCUCCAUCUCAUUGUCACCUCUGAGACUGGUAUUUAACUCUGGUGUUGAGAAGGUGCUGCGGUGACUUCUUGGACACUGGACUGACAAGGCUUUAAAGAGUACUGCUGAGACUGGAUCAACUGUUCCUGUCGUAGAGAGAGAGAAAGAAAGGAGGACUGCUAGGGUACUGGAUAGAAAAAGACAAGACACAAAAAGAAGAGGACAGGAGAAGAGGCUCAGUGAAAGAAUAAGAAACAAGGACAAUAGAAAAGAAAACAGGUUUACAGAAUAUGCUUCAUCAAAUGCAGAAUUCGUGCCACAAGUAUUGUUCUUAACAAGAAAGAUAAUAGUUUUAGAUUGGACAAGGAGAACUAGAAAGAAAGAGAGAAAGAAAGAAAGAGAAAGAAAGAAAGAGAAAGAAAGAAAAAAUAUCCAUUUAACCGAGUUAACUGGAUAUUUGAAAACACUGCCUUCUAAAAAGUGCUUUUGGUGCUUGUCAGUAAACUGAGAACAUUUCAUCAUCCCUGGACCUUAAUACCCAGCUCAACACAAACCCACGACACGCGACUGGUGAAAAGAAGAAGACAGACAUCAGAAAGGACGAGUACUGGAGAGAGAGAGAGUGUGUGUGGAUUACUGUGAGUGUGCAUACCUGUGUGUGUGUGUGUGUGUGUGGAUUACUGUGAGUGUGCAUACCUGUGUGUGUGUGUGAAUUACUGUGUGUGUGGAUUACUGUGAGUGUGCAUACCUGUGUGUGCGUGUGUGGAUUACUGUGAGUGUGCAUACCUGUGUGUGUGUGUGUGUGUGUGGAUUACUGUGAGUGUGCAUACCUGUGUGUGUGUGUGUGUGUGGAUUACUGUGAGUGUGCAUACCUGUGUGUGUGUGUGUGUGUGUGUGAAUUACUGUGUGUGUAUUACUGUGAGUGUGCAUACCUGUGUGUGUGUGUGGCAGUGCCUCCUCCUCACAGAGCCAUGGAGACCCCCCCUGGCCUGUUGAACCCACUGGCCUCUCCUGCCCUCAUGGUCCUGGCCUCCUCAGCGGGGGAUCCCUCUCGGGGGAGCCCCCCCUGCCAGCAGCAGCAGCCGGGACGCCAGUUUGGGGUGGACAGCCCCAUGCCCUUCCUGGGCGCCUCCUACUCUCUGGCAGCCAUGUACCACCACUCGGAGAGGCUGAGCGGAGCUCGCGACUACUCCCCCUCCUCCUCCCACCUCCUCCCCUUCCCCCACCCCCCCGCCUUCAGGCACCCCGGCCUGGGGGGGUACGGAGCCCUGCGGCCCUUCCACACGCCCCCCCUGCCCUUCCCAGACGAGGUGGAGCGUUUCUCCAGCGCCUACGCUGCAGCUGUCGCUGCCGCCAGCGGAGUCAAGCACCGCACCAAGCUGCCCGUGGAGCCCCCCCAGAUCAGAUACCUGCCGCUGGACAAGGAGGGGACCCCCUCCUCCCCCCUCUCCCACCCACCAGGGUCCAGCUCCGCGGGGAAGAGAGCCCGCACCCCGGCCGGGCAUCUGAGACGAACUCCCAGCCCCCUGGCAUCCAGCGUGGGCAAGAGAGAGAAGCGCAGCGAAGGGGCGCUGCUGAGUCUGCGAUGCCCGCUGUGUCACCUGGAGCUCACCAGAGCAGACCUGCGGGAUCAUCUGCGCGGCGAGAUCGAGAGACUGGCUCAGCUCAGCUCCAGAAGCCAGUUUCACAGUGAAGCAGUGCUGGAGAGCCUGACACAGCCCCCAGCACAGUCUCUGUCCCCAGUGUGCAGUGUACGUCCCUGUGACUCACCCCUGGGGUCCCCUCUAUCGGGGGACGAGGCUCACAAACUGGACAGACAGCAGAUAUUCCAGCAGGUGAAGACUAACAGAGAGGGCAGACUGGGAGUCAGAGCUGGCCGGUGUAAAAGGGUGAAGAUGGCCGAUGAUGAGCAGUUGGAGAUCCUCUCUCUGAAGGGGGUGAGGCUGCCAGAGUCUGAGGGGGACAGUCUGGAGGAUUUGGAGUACCGCAGCCCAGCUCAGAGCAGCGCACACACACUGCUGGACAGCAAAGGCUGCAGAGUGGGGACCCCGCCCAGUCCUGACAGUGAGCUGGAGAUUGACUCGGACCCUGACGACUCCUCACACCUCACUCACACGCAAAACCCAAUCAAAGACAGGGUCCAGUCCUGGGAUGUGGAGCCCAGCACACUACAGGAAGAAGGCUUAGCGAAUGAGGGGACAGGCAGUGCCAGGGAGAGUGCGGAGUCCCUCAGGGCUCAGAUCAGCGCCCUCACCCGAAGACUGCAGCAGAGGGAGCUGUACCACUGCCACGUCUGUCUGGGCUCUUACUCUGUCCCUGUGGCUUCUAUACAGUGCUGGCACAUCCACUGCGAAGACUGCUGGCUCAGAUCACUCGGUUUGAAGAAGCUAUGCCCGCAGUGCAGCACCAUCACCUCUCCAGCUGACCUGCGCAGGGUCUACCUGUGACCUGCCCUGAGGCGUCCCUGACUGGGGAUUCCAAGGUUUCAAUGGAGCAGCGCUGCGAGGCGCCGGCGUGCUGAAUCGGAACAGCACAGAGAAAAUUAAACGAAACUUUAAACACCAGAUAUAUGUAUUACAAUAAAAACAAUAGAAAACUCUUGUUUUUACUAUUCUGAUUUUUACAAUUCAUUUUGUGCUUGUUUGUUUGUUUUUUAAUAAAAUAAAAUGUAAAAUACGGCUCCAGGUUUUCAUUACAUUUCCACUUUCAAUGUACACACCUGAAGAGGCUUCAGAGGUCCUGAAAGCUGGUGCUUACAUCUCAUAAUGAAUGUGAUAAACAGCAUCACAUCUGCUUCACUUAGCUGCAACUAGCAACAUGGCUGAUUCAGUAGCAUGCUAUACCUUUACCCAGGGACCUGGAGUUAAAAUCCAGCUAAAGUGACUUGGAGGGAUGGAGGGAGGUGGUCUUUGCUGUUGGAGGGAUGGAGGGAGGUGGUCUUUGCUGAUGGAGGGAGGUGGUCUUUGCUGAUGGAGGAAGGUGGUCUUUGCUGAUGGAGGGAUAGCGGGAGGUGGUCUUUGCUGUUGGAGGGGUGGGGAGGUGAUCUUUGCUGAUGGAGGGAUGGCGGGAGGUGGUCUUUGCUGUUGGA